AUCAAUUUCAUCACUCUGGUACUUGAAGAUAAUUGUGGACGACUCCGGAAGUACCUAACGGCGCACAAGUUACCCAUCGCAUCAACAUCCUAUUUGUAACUCAUCUCACCUCUCCGAGCACCUUCGAGACAGCGCGGCAUCAUGGAUCUCGUUUCCUCAAUUCGCAAAUCGGGCUCCCGCGGUGGCGUCAACUUCAGCUGGGACGACGUCGCCGGCUCCCAGCAUCGCGAAAAUUAUCUCGGCCACAGUCUGAAGGCGCCCGUUGGCCGAUGGCAGAAAGGCCGAGAUCUUACCUGGUACGCCAAAUCCGAUGCGACAGGCCAAGAUCCAAAUGAAACCGAGGAGGAAAGAGCAGCAAGGGAGCGACGCGAGGAAAUCAAGAGAAUCAAAGAGGCCGAGGAAGACGCAAUUGCGCGUGCUCUGGGGCUGCCUGUUCCAACACGAAAUCAGUCGGGUGCGAAUGCGGUAGAAGUCGGAAAAGGACGCGUUGGGCCCGAGGAGGUCAAGAAUGAAGAAGACAGUGGUUCUGUCGUAGACAAAGUCCCAGAUGAGAAGGCUGAAAGUCGAAGACGUAGGCGGCUUGGAGAGUCGGAAGGCCGCCACCGGAGGAGACAUAGGAGUAGACAAAGGAGUAGAAGUCGUAGUCGCGAUAGACGACGUGACCGAUCACUGGGAAAGCGAGACGGCCAUGAUAGUCGUAGAACUAGGGGUGACACCCGCCAUCACAGGCCAUCACCCAGAGACCUCAGCCUGGAUCGCCAUAGGGAUUAUGCUAGAUCACCAAGGGCAAGGGAUGACUACGAGAAUCGUAGGUCGAGAGACGAACCUCGUGGGGAUAAACGGCGGAGGGGUUAUAGUCCAGACGGGGAUGAGGACAGGCACAGACCAAGUCACAGGCGGGAGCGAAGUCGUAGCCCUAGACGGAGUCGUGGCGGAGGAGUCCAGUGAUUAAAGAUAGUCAAGCGAAAGCCCAGAUUGCAGGUCGUGCUCACCAAGCCUCCAUACCAGACCUUUCCCCAUCAUCAACCAUGACGCUCCAUCUACUCCGCUUCCUGUGAAUGCAAUGGCGGCACUACAAAGACUACUUUAGUGUCAAGUAACAUGGGAUACAGUCAGUUGAACAAGGUGUAGUACUGCGUAAAGAUUAUGGACAUCUAAG